AUGCACUUAUUUUACAGCCAUUAUACUGGAGAAAUAAAGGUGGAGGCAGAAGAGAACAAGAUGCAUGGAUUUGCAGAAAAUGUAGACAACACUGAUUUUCAUUGGAUAGCAAGGAAAUUACGUCAUUAUAAGGAUGUCGUAGACGUCGAGUCAUGCAAAGGUGUCCACAACUUCAUUCCAUCCAUUAGUGCUGUUACAAGCGCUAAGCCCGGUGCUUACACAUGGAAGAUCUCCAUCGCUCUUCACGUUGGACCCAGGCUGAUGAUCUGCUCAGCAUACUAUAACUUCUUUCUCCACCGUCUUAAGAAUAUACCACAGCACUGGAGGGAUAACUAUUUGCUGGCUGUGUCUGUAACAUACUGGUUAAAUAUUAUAGAAAACUUGAGUCUAGUUGGCGUCACAUACAUCACGAACUUGGACAAUUAUCCUGUACAUGAGAAGCUGUUCAUCACAUUCAUGGGUACCUCCACUGCCUACAUGGUCUUCACCGUACUUCUCCUCAAGUAUUCCAACACUGUUGCGCCGUGGAUGUCGACUGACCUGUGGUCUUACAGAGUAAAGAUCAUCUGUCUUCUAUUGAUUCUGAUCUUCAGUGCCGGAAUGGGGAUUUUCUUUUACUAUCACCGAAUGUACUGCCAACCUAAAGGUACAUAUCUAUGUGUGUGUGUGUGUGCGUGCGUGCCUGCAUGCGUGCGUGCGUACAUACGUAUGAAGUUUAAUGCACAUAACAGUAUUGUACCUUACUGA